GUCAUUUGCAUCAGCCUAAGGGAUGCCGUUUCAUGCAAUUCCCCUGUCGAUCGGUAAUCGUUGAUUAGAGAUCGAUAGCUGUGUCCUCUCAAUCAAAGGAUGCUAACGAAAGGACAUAGAAGAUUCAACAGCUGAUCCAGGAUAAAGUAACGUCGACCGAUUCGGGCCCAUCCUUCCUCCACCAACCCUCGUUGCAAUGAAGCGAAGCUAAGGAUCAGCGGAGUGCAUCAGUGCAUAAGAGCCCACAAAUCUGCAAAUACACUACAUGAAUGCGAACGAUGAGGCGCCAUCGAAUCUGGAGCCGGCCAACGCGGAAAAAACGGACAAGAAUGAAGAGGAGAUCGUCGACGAUGAAGCUGUCGAAUCGAACGCGAAACGACUUACCGAAAACGAUGGCGGUGAUACGAACACGCUCGACGAAAAAGCAGAGCUGAGUUUAGAAUUCCGACCGACUCUUCACGAACGAUUCAUGCGAAUCAAACAAAUGGUCAAGGAUGCCAUUGCAGCUCAUCACACGUUUAUGAUUUACGGGAAAGCUCGAGUGAUUCGCGAAUCUAUGCUGAGUAGAGGGUGGUGUGAAAAGUUCUUCAGGAAGAAUUCUAAUGGCGACCAACACUUUAACGUGAACGCGAGUCCUGUGAUACUGUUGGCUGGCAUUGGUGACUUGAAGGAUCAACAAAGUGAACGUCAAUUGAUAUCCAGGAUGCUCACCAAUCACACGGUUGACUUUCUAUGGAACACAGGGUCGGAAUGGCCUGGGUGGCCGUCGCAGGAUAACAAAACCACGAUCUUCAAUAGAUACUGUCGGGCAGGAUUCACCUCGAAGGUGGGCUUAUGUUCAAAUGUCAGACAAAUGCAUUGGUACUACGAGGCUGGAGUGGCGAACACCCUGUUUCCGCGUUGUUACAAUUUAUGCCAGGGCGAUCAGAUGCACGCUUUCAUCGAAGAUUUUCGAUUCACAGCUUGCCUGAGCUUGCUGAAAUGGUUGGUGAACAAGGUAAACAGCGAAGGCGAGAACGCAGUUAGAUCGCCAACUGGCGCGGUGCCUUUGAAGGCAUUAGAGUUCGCAAUUAAACGUUGUAGCGAUUAUAUCAGCGCACAGUCUCACGAGGAUAUCGAUCAGGAGACGGAAAGAGUGUGGGCACAUCAAUGGGACCAGUUUAUCAGCUGGUAUUAUCAGAUCGUUCACGGUCAGGCUUCCUUCGUUCGAAACAAUAUACCUCUCCAAAAAAUCUUCCUGGCGUCGAAGCACAUCUUGAGGAAGAUGAAGAAGUAUUGGCCUCAAUUGGAGAUGGAUGGAAUGAUGAACGUGUGGAUCAUGAAGCCUGGGAACAAGAGUCGUGGGAGAGGGAUCGUUUUGUUGAAUAAAUUGGAAGACGUGAUGGCGAAAAUGAACCCAUCGAGUAAAUCAGACACUCGUUACGUCGUUCAAAAGUAUAUUGAACGACCGUUACUGAUACAUAACACCAAGUUCGACAUCAGGCAAUGGUUCGUCGUUACCUGUGCUCAGCCUUUGACCUUCUGGAUAUACAAAGAGAGUUAUCUGCGAUUCUGCUCCCAGAAAUUCAGCCUAACAGACUUCCACGAGUCGAUUCACCUGUGCAAUCACUCGGUCCAGUGCAAGUACACGAAUUGCGGCGAUAGGGAUUCUGCAUUGCCCUCGGACAACAUGUGGGAUGCGACAACCUUCAAAGAGUACCUCAAGUCUCAGGGACACGAGAAAGCAUGGGACGAGAUCAUCUAUCCAGGAAUGAAGCAAGGUUUAGUGGGUUCUAUGUUGGCCAGCCAAGAGGCUAUGGAUCGUCGUAAGAACAGUUUCGAGUUGUACGGCGCAGAUUUCAUGGUCAUGGAGGAUUUCUCCGUUUGGUUGAUCGAAAUCAACAGUCAUCCAGACAUGAGUUAUUCCAGCAGAGUAACGACGCGUCUCUGUCGACAAGUUUUGGAGGACACGAUAAAAGUGGUGGUUGAUUUUCGAGAGGACAGAAACGCGGACACAGGUCAUUUUGAGUUGGCUUAUAGACAGAGGAUGCCCAGCUGCCAGCCUUAUCUCGGCGCAGCUCUGUCCCUUCAAGGAACUCGAAUCACUAUAAACGGCAAGAAGCCUUUAAGCAAUCAAGACUCAAAAGUUAACCUCGUGUCGAAAUCACCUAUGACGUGUCUGACGAAGAAGAAAUCUACGAUACACAAUCAGAUUGGCCCGGUGAUCGUCGAUCUGAUCGAGGAACUGGAAAUUCAGCUCGACCAGGAAUUUUACGCUUAUUACAAAGUGGAAUCGCCUAAGCUGAGACAAGCACUGCCAGCGAGCGCGCCGGCAAAACCCACGAAAACUGGCGUAUUGAUCGAUAAGCAGGAAGCAACCGUGAAGAGCGCUCCUGUGACCGGCACGAUUGCUCAUUCUAAAGCGAAAUCGCCUGCGGGGAUUCAGAACAAUCAGGACAAAAGUGGGAGCAAUCAGAGGAACGCGACAAGAACCCCGAGGAAAUCGCGGACUUUCACUGGAACGCCGGGCAACAAAGGAACAUCGUCUCCGACCAGGCAAUCUUUGGUUUCCAAGAUUAUAGCCAUUCAGAAGCAGUCGUCGAAGCUGGCGCCGAAAAUCGACAAAUCAACGAAGCAAACCGAAGACAAGAUUAUCAAAUCAGUGAUGCGAGACGCGAUUAAGAAGUACAAAAAGAAUGCUUCUCUGUCCUCGUCAUCACCCGAAACACCCCUGUUACCGUCCCUCUUAUCCACGAACAGGGUAAGUCACCCUGCAGCUGUGAAACAGAGGAAUCAUAACGUGUUGAAGAAAAACAGUCGUCAGAGGAAGAACAAGGUUCUAACAGACAUCACCGACAUGUAUGCUGUUGGUUUAAGGUUGACCAAGUGAUAGAGAAAGGUCUUCGUGAUUCGCACUCGUUACCAGUUGUUUCCGACUAUUUGUUGAUCUAUUCCAGAAGUCUAUAUUUGAACUGUACUUAUGGUAUACAAACAGUCAAUAAAAAGCUAUCCUGUCCAUCGUU